AUGGAGCUCAGGUUAACUGGUUCUAAGCCCGGCCACAUGCCACCCAUCACUAAGCCCCACAUCCCACAUGUUCCCACAUCCACACAGAGCACGGUCCUACCCAAACACUGCCUCAUCAACAAUGCCAACCCAUUUGCCUUGCUGUACGAAGCAUACACAAUUGCGCCAGGAGACUGGGUAUUUUUUUUUUCUUUUCUUAAAUCUGGACAGUAUUUGUCAAUCGCUCAUUAUUUCGUCCUCCAGGGUCAGUGGAUCGGCCUGGGAACCCUGCUGUUCGGAGUCGGCUGCAUCAUAUUCUCACUCCCGCACUUCACUACAGGUUACUACCAGGGUGUGUUGAAUCCCACUGAAAAAAACGAUUCCCUGUGUUACGAUGACUACUACAACUCCACCUAUAGCAACUCCACCAACUCUACUUGGUGCCAGGCAAGUACCGACCCGAGUCUGACCAACUACCUGUACGUGUUCAUCUUGGCGCAGUUGCUCCUGUGCAUGUGCGAAGGCUCCAUGUACACGGUGGGCGUGGCUUACCUGGACGAGAGCGUGGAGAGGCAGUACUCCGGACUGUACAUAGGUAUCCUGUACGCCAUGACAGCAGUGGGCCCAGGAGUCGGCACUGUGAUCUGCGGGGAGAUUUUGAAGUUGUGGAUCGAUUGGCCAUACAAGGACGGAGGGGCUCUCCAGCCGAGUGACUCCAACUGGCUGGGGAACUGGUGGCUGGGCUUUCCCAUCUUUGGCUGUUUGGGGAUCCUGGCAGCCCUGCCGCUUCUCGGGUACCCCCGCAAGUUACCAGCAAGCUCAGGGGAUUUUGAGUAUGAUCUCAGCGACACGGAAUCAAGCGAAGAUGACAUCAUUGCAACGCACGCGCACCAUGGAGAUCCGAAGAACGAAAGCGAGGCGGAGGAUGUCGUUACUCGUCUGAAGAUCGGUCUGAGGGAGCUGAAGGCGACAUUAGCUGUGCUGUUCAAGAAUCCAACUUACAUGGUCCUCACUUUUGCUGGAGCCAUAGAUGCCCUAGCGUACAGUGGCAUUUCCACCUUCUCAGCAAAACUGUCCGAGUUGAUGUUAGAUACGAACACCGUGAACAAGUCGUGGUACUUUGGUCUCACCAUGGUGUUGGGGGAUGCAUGCGGAGCCCUGUUUGCAGGCUGGCUCGUGAAGUAUUUUGGCGUGAACUGUAAGAAGAUGCUGGGUGCAGUGUUGGUUCUGUCUGUCCUCUCGCUGCUAACUAACUUGGUUUUCCUCGUGCACAGUGAGGACGCCCCGAGAGUGAUGCUUGCACAGGCCGAUAGCAUGAACUGCACGGCAGGCUGUCUGUGUGACCCCACCCUGUACGACCCAGUUUGCGGCAGCAAUGGUGUAGAGUACUUCUCUGCUUGUCACGCCGGAUGUCUCCAGUACAACCCCGCAAAUCUGUCCUACUCUAGCUGUGGCUGUAUCACCGAGUACUACCUGAGUAAAAACGUCACUUCCGGUUUCUCGACAUCUGCCAUGACGGGUUCGUGUUCACGUCACUGCUCACCCUGGGACAUACCCCUGUAG